AUGGCUCAACGUCAGAAUUAUUCACUGCAGACUUUGGAGAAUAAAGAAUCCCUACCGACAUUCACAUCAAAAGGCACGUGUGUCUCGAUUAGGAAUAGCUUUUCGGAAGAACAACAUUCAGACACAGUGGUCUCGGCGAGUGUAGACGUCAAAUCAUCCGACCAUUCAGAUGAUCUUACUGUAGCAGAAAUAAAAAGCAGACAACCGCUUGUUAGGUUUUUAAUACUCGUAUUUAUCAUGCUGUUGCUUAUUUACAGUUUCGUACUCACCCAGCUCAUCACAUCACAAUAUAUCUACGCCUACAUUCGCAAGACUAUGUUUCCUAAUGUAAGUUUUAGUACUAACGAGUCGGAGUGUCAAAUCAACAAAACAUCACAGGUGUACAGCGACCAACAGAUCGUCCAAAAGCACGCAGCACAGCUCAACAUCUACCUUGAGUUGGCAAAAGGGAUACCGGGGAUACUAAGCAUUUGGUUUUACGGUUCUCUGAGUGAUAAAUAUGGCAGGAAACCCUUCCUCCUCAUCCCCUUCGCAGGAAACAUGAUUAAAUGUAUUCUGAUAACUUUAGGGAUGUUCUUUAACUGGAACAUUUAUACAUUCAUGUUUUUCAACUUCUUUGACGGAAUUGGCGGAACCUGGGUUUUAGCCAUGUCUGUUGUUAUGUCCAUAGUUGCUGACGUCACAGAGCCAGGAAAGACUCGGUCAUUUAUAAUAGCCAUGACCGAAAUAUCUUUAGGAUUUGGGUUGAUAAUCGGUGGUUUUACUUCCGGCUUCUUAAUAAAAGCGGUAGGUUUCACAUACUCAAUGCUAGUAUGUUCCUGUUGCUCUCUUAUUCCCGUAAUAUUGUUGAUUUUCGUACCAGAGACUUUCAAAAAGUCGAAGGACAAUCAAAGGAAAACUAUCACACAGUUUGCUGUAGACAUUUAUGUGUUUUACGUUAGAGACAGCUCCAUAAAGGGAAAGAGAAAGAUAUUUGUAGUGUGUCUGCUAAUAUAUUUCUGCAUCCUUCAGGCAGCGUUCGGUGGAAAUGGAAUAGAAACUUUGUAUGGCUUGAACUCGCCAUUUUGCUGGAGUUCUGUGCAAGUAGGUACCUACAUAACGUUGCGUGGGGGUCUACCCUUUGCCACAGGACUGCUUUUGUUUCGUCCUUUACAACUGUGUUUAGACGAGGGUUUCAUAGCUAUCCUGGCAGUUCUCUCCAAUUUCGCUGGGUUUGUUCUGGAGGCAUUUUCCUACAACACUGUGAUGCUUUUCCUCGUUCCUGCGUUAAGCUUUGCUAGGACCAUGGCAGUGCCAGUACUUCGGGGAAUUAUGUCGCGUCUAACACCUCACAACAAACAAGGGAGUAUGUUUGCCGGGAUGGCUAUCGUGGAGACGUUUUGUUCACUUUAUGGUAGUGUGGUUUCUAACGCUAUAUACGGGGAGACCGUGGAGAUAUUCCGAGGAGCAGCAUUCCUUUUUCUGGCCGGAUUUCUAUUUAUCGCAUUAGUGUUAUCCUUCGUGCUGUACGUGUUAAAUAGAAAGAGCAAGGCGGAUGAAGCGUGA